GAUAAAUGAGAGGCGCACUUUAGCACUGUUCUUCUUGCAUCUCAGAGAAUCACAAAAGCAGGGAAAGAAACAGAGAGAGAGAGAGAGAGAAAGUGAAGACGACUACACCAACCCCCACGGAGACACACAGAGAGUAGUGAGAGCUUCAGAGAGAUACAGAAAGACGAAUAUCUGCUUAGAUUUUGUAUCUGGGUUUUGCUUAAAACUGUGAAAUAUUCAUUAAUCUGAGGUUAAAAAUCAUGAAUGGAAGUAAGUUAAUGGAUGCUUAUGAGGUUAGAGAUUGUGGGAUAGUGUAGGGCGUUUCCUGCAAAAACCCACUUUACAAAUUUCUUCAGUCUUUUUUGCUAGUCAGUUCCGUGUUCUUUCUAGUUCUUUCUUUCGUCUCUUUUUCAGUUUCUGUAAGUACUAAAUGGGUUGUCGUAAAAUGAUUGCUGGAAAUCUGGAGCCUGCAAGAAAAAGAAGUGGUGGGUUAAGAACGAAACAAGCUGGGAGAGGAUCUUGCCGUGGAAGUUAGACUUUUUAUUAGUUAACGCCGGGAUAAUGUACUCUACUGUCCGGCACUGAAAAAUCAAAAAGCUAGUUUUUCUUCUCUUUUUUCUUUUGACUGUUCUUUUGGUACUAUCUCUCGACUUGGUUGUAUCUAUCUCUGGUUUUCUCUUCACCGCCACCACCACCACCACCACCACCACCUGAAGUGAAAUCUGUCAUCAUCAUCAUGGCAAGUUUUCUCAAGGAGGCUUUGAGAUGUCUUUGUGGAGAUAAUCAAUGGUCUUAUGCUAUUUUUUGGAAGAUGGGUAUUCAUAAUCCAAGGCUUUUAGUUUGGGAAGAAUUUCACUAUGAGCGCGUGCGCAGUUCUUCUCUACCGGGGAUUGAGAGUACAGAUUUGCUUCUGAAAGAGUGGGAAGGGCUUUUGUAUUCUCUUGAGAAUAAUAACCUUCCUCAGCUUGGAUGUCAAACGGAGGACAAAGUAUCUUUGCUUAUGAACAAGAUGAUGAUUAAUAACCAGAUCAAUGUUGUAGGACAAGGGAUUGUUGGCCGCGCUGCUUUUAUGGGAAUGCAUCAAUGGAUUCUUAGAGAUAACUGCAUGGUGGAAGGUUAUCCAUCAGAGGUCUUGGUUGAGGUGCAGCACCAAUUUUCAGCUGGCAUGAAGACGCUUGCUGUAAUUCCUGUGCUUCCACAUGGUGUUGUUCAACUUGGAUCCACAUUGACAGUUAUGGAAAACACGGGGUUUGUGAACGACGUGAAGAGUUUAUUUGCACACCUGGGCAGUGUUCCUGGUGCUCUUUCGUCUGAUACUUACAGUACAAAAUGCCCAGGGUUGGAGUUUGGACCACCUGCCUUGAUUGGACAACCUGUCUCUGUAGACCUGUCUGGCUAUUUCUCUUCUCCACCGACCAGGUCUGUACCAUUCAUGGGUGCUGGUUUCUACCAUCAGAACUCCACAUUCCAGGCUUCGAGAUUUGGUAGUCAACCUUCUCGUUCUAUUCCUGUGCAAGUUGAAAGCAAUUCACAAUUGCAACCGAAUUCAAGCCAGCUAGCCGCUACGACCAACACUCAUAGUGACAGCUCCCAGAUAAAGAAUCCAGUUGUGAGGCAAAACAACCAUCUCAAAAAAGAAACUGAAACUAGAGAAAUUGGAGCCGAAGUAAUCCUCUCUAGUACAAAAGCAUCACUAAACAAGCAACUGACCCCUAAUAAUUCAAGUACCAGACCCAGUCCCCAAUUUAACGAAUCAAGUUCAUCUUCCAGUAACCUUACUUUCAUUCCACACCAACAGAUCUUGCCAGGCGUCGGGCUUCAGGAGCCUGUUAGUAACAACUUAUCCAGUUCAACUAACAAUAGUAAUUCUCAACAUGGUAACAGUAACGGCUCAAUCCAUAAUUCUCUCGAAGAUUCCUUUCCAAAAUCAUUGUUUGGUGAAAGCAAAGCUCUUGAUGCUGGAAUUGAUAUUCCAACACUUUAUUCGCCUCCGGGUUAUUGUCCGAUCACUUAUGGAUCAGCUAAGAGUACUUCACAUCUAAAGACACUUCAACUUAAUACUUCCUCUUCAGAUAUAGCACCCGUACCCAGCCACCAAGAUUGGUCAAGCAGCAGUGGCACACUUCCCAGGGUACCUACUGCAAGUCAUCCCUCUACAAGUGAUAAUUAUAAUUGGAAUGCGGGGAAACAGUUAAUUGAUAAUGAUUUAUUUCAGUCUCUUAACAUCCUUUCAUCCAAUCCAGAUGAGUGCAUUUCCAGGUCUUCAUUGGUGUCCAAUAUAAGUCAUGAUCGUCGGGCGAGUAGUACAGAGCAUAGCAAGGAGAUUCCUGGUCCCUGUAAUACCGUUUAUGGAGACGCACAUGCCCAACCUCCUUCAGGAGAUGGCUUAUUUGAUAUCUUGGGUAUAGAUCUGAAAAGUGGAAAGAAUUUUGGCAGCUGGGAGGACUCGCUGACUCGUGUGGUAGAUUCCAACGUAUAUAGUGCAAGAUUGGAUGUUUCCAAAUGCAUUACGCAAACAGAUGCGACUACUGAUAUUCGUGCAAUGAACAAUGAGAUCUCAGAGAGUGGCAUCUUCUCUGACACUGCACCGGACCAUCUAUUGGAUGCAGUAGUUUCCAAGGUUCACCCUGGCGCUAAGCAUAUAAUAGAUGAUGAUAUGUCUUGCUGGACAACAUUAACAAAAACAUGUAGCUCUUCAGUUCCUUCUGUUUCCAUGUCAUGCACACAGGUUGGAGUGCCAGACCAGAAUCACGGUAAUAUUUAUGGUUUCUCUCCAUCUCUCCCUAGGUCACAUAUAGCAGGCCCAAGCUCUUUCAUAUCUGGAUGUUCAAAGACUAGUGUCGGGGAGGCUUCUCAAAUCAGUUCCAUGUAUGGGUCUCAAACCAGGUUACUGGUUGAGGAUCAUCAGAAUGUAAUGUGUGAGACAAGUGUUUCAACUGCACAUUCUAAAAAGCCUCAGGAAACAGGCAAAAUAAAUCGCAAAAGGUUAAGACCUGGAGAGAAUCCUAGACCUAGGCCCAAAGAUCGUCAGAUGAUCCAAGACCGCGUGAAGGAGUUGCGUGAAAUAGUACCUAAUGGAGGAAAGUGUAGCAUCGAUGCUCUUCUGGAGCGUACCAUCAAGCACAUGCUUUUCUUGCAAAGCGUGACAAAACAUGCCAAUGAUCUAAAACAAACCGGAGAGUCAAAGAUUAUUAGCAAGGAUGGUGGCUUGCGCUCCAAGGACAGCUUUGAGGGGGGAGCAACAUGGGCAUUUGAAGUAGGUUCACAGUCAAUGGUCUGCCCUAUCAUUGUUGAGGAUUUAAAUCUACCUCGUCAAAUGCUUGUGGAGAUGCGGUGCGAAGAACAAGGUUUCUUUCUGGAAAUAGCUGAUAUUAUUAGAGGAUUAGGGUUGACCAUAUUAAAGGGGGUAAUGGAAACUCGUAACAAUAAGGUCUGGGUGCGUUUCACAGUAGAGGCAAAUAGGGAUGUUACUAGGAUGGAAAUAUUUCUUGCACUUGUUCAUCUGUUAGAACAAGCCGUGAAGGGCACUACAGCGGCACCCAGGGACGUUGCUGCCAUCAAAAUGGUUGCCCAUGAUCCUUCCCAUCAAUCUGCUAUACCUGCAACUGGUCAGUCCAAUAGCUUGAACUGAAUGGCUACUAAUUCAUUAAUCUGGACAUGUUGCGAGUUGCCAUGUAGCUUCUUUGCCAUAACUAUCAUGGAUCCAGUCUCUUUGUGGCAGCUCUGGUCGAGCGCUUUUGGUGAUGUAUUUUAUGCAAAUGUGCUCCUGACUGUUGGCCUAACUUGGUAUCUAUGAGAGCUUUUUAGUUAGUGUUGAAGCUCCUCAAUGCCUUUUGAUAUGGAAUAACUGGUGCUUUCUAGAAAAAGUGGUAAUCUGCAAUUCCUGGUGGCAUCAAACAUCCUAAUAAUAUCUUUAUGGGAUAACCUAGAAUUCUCUCAGGUGUGGCUGGGUUGUCAGUUAGUUUGUUCUUCUUUUUACUAGGGGGGAUUGUAAUUGGGUGUUCAUAAGAGUGGAGAUCGUGUGCUAUAAUUCGGGUGAGGCAUGGGGGAUACUAAAAAAGAUGCAUGGAUACAUUAAGGGUGAAGGUGUAUAUAUUUUUAUGAAGCUCAACUUUGGACAUGCUUUUUAUGUUUGGUGUGGCAUGUAGGAGUAUAUUUUUUUUCUA